AUGAGACAAAGUGUGGGUAGGAGGGAGGAGGAUUGGUGUAGUCUCUGGAAUAUUAAAGCUCCACCAAGAGUCAAACAUGUUUUGUGGAGAAUUUGUACGGAUUGCCUCCCGACACGUAGUAGAUUGCGUCAACAUUAUGUUCCUUGCCCAUCUAAUUGUCAAUUUUGUGAGAAUAGUAUUGAAGAUAAUUGGCACGUGUUCUUUGGUUGCAGUUUGACUAAUGGGUGUUGGAGAUCUUCAGGUUUGUCAUCUCUUUUAGACUCUCAUACUCAAUCUUUCAGCGAUGUCAAGUCCAUUAUUCUUGAAAUUUGUAGUACAGAGGAUAGAAAAGUGGCGGGUAGAUUUGCAGUUAUGUUAGAUGUGAUUUGGAAAAAUAGAAACGAUCUUAUUUGGCAUAAUGAGAGUGAGGAAGCAACAAAAAUGGGGUUGCUUGCGUUUCAUAAUUGGCAGGAUUGGUAUAAGGCCCAGAAAGAUCUAGAUAACGAGAAUGUCUAUGAGCACAAUCUGGAUUGGCCCCCGCCAUCGGAAGGGUGGCUAAAGUGCAAUGUAGACGCGGGUUUUAAUAAGCGGAGAGGUACUACGAAUAGGGGUUGGUGUGUGCGUGAUGACACUGGGAAUUUCAUCUUUGCAGGUAUUGCUUGGGAUAUUGGCACCCUUACUAUCUUAGAAGCUGAAGCCUUGGCCCUUAAAGAAGCAAUUCAAGGAGCUAUAUCUUCGCAGCUAGACAAAGUUAUUUUCGAAAGUGAUUCCCAACGAGUGGUUCAAGCCAUCGACUCUAAUUAUAAAGGCGAUUCUGAGUUUAGUUUAAUUAUCAAGUCCAUUAAUAGCUUGUUACAAGCGUUUCUCAACUUCGAGGUGAAGUUUAUCAAACGCCAAGCGAAUUCGGUUGCUCAUUCCCUUGCGAAGGCGGCCAAUUCUUGGUCUAGGCGUAGUUUCAUUCAUUUGAUUCCUCCUUGUAUUGAACAACAUUUGAUUAAUGAAAUGCAUUGA